AUGUGGCGCUUGCUGGCACUUUGCCCCUGCGCUUUGGCACAUGGAGGUGCUUUGGAGAGGUUCCCGCCGGAAGUGUCGAACGUGACUUCCUUUGUGGAUAACUUCGACUUUGCGAACAAUGCCACUUUUCACCAGAAGGCUCUGACCUACAGCGCCUGGUGGCGCGCGGGGAAUCCCAUCUUCUUCUUCUUCGGCGGGGAGGGCUCGGUGGAGGGCUUUUACAACGCCUCGGGGGCAGUGUUCGAGCACGGGCAGGCGCUGGAGGCCAUGGUGGUGUUCCUAGAGCACCGCUACUAUGGCUCCUCCAGGCCAAGCAGCGAUCUGCGGUUCCUCACUUUGGAGCAGGCCCUGGCGGACACCGCGUGGUUUUUGGAGGGUCUCCGGCGGCGGCUGGGCUGCGGAGAGCGGGAGUGCCCGGUGGUGACCUUUGGAGGCAGCUACGGGGGCAUGAUGGUGGCCUGGUUCCGGCAGAAGUACCCUCACCUCACCGCUGGCGGUUUGGCCUCCUCUGCUCCCAUCGACUUCUACCCCAACGAUGGACGGCAGGAGGCCUUCUGGAACGCCACGAUGCACACCUUCCGCUUCUUUGGCAGCGAGGGCUGCCCCGGAGAGGUGGACAAGGCGCUUGGACUUCUGCAGCAGCAGAGCCAAGAUGCGGCAGGUCGACGGCAGAUCUCCGAGGCUCUGGGCAGCUGCGAGGAUUUGGAGAACGAGACCACUGCGGGCGCCAAGGUGGACUUCUUCCUGCGAGGAGUCUUCGCCACGCUGGCGAUGCUCGACUACCCGGUGGCGAGCAACUUCGUGACGCUGCUGCCGGCCAACCCGGCGAAGGUGGCCUGCCAGCGCCUCCAGAGCUCCACGGACUUGCGGGGCCUGCGCCGGGUGGUGGAUUUGUUCCUCAACGCCACGGGGAGUUACCGCUGCUACGACUACUUGGCGGAGAUGGUGGGCCGCGCCACGUCGGGGCAGCUGCAUGGGCCCACCACCUUGCCGGACAUGGGGCACUGGCAGUACCAGGCCUGCAAUGAGAUGCCCAUGCAGUCCUUGACCAGCGAUGGCAUGGGCUUCUAUCCCGCCAAGGACUCGCAGCUCGCGGAGGUGGCGGACAGCUGCUAUCUGCGCUACGGCCUGCGCCCGAGGACGGCUUGGCUCGGGGUCAGCUUGGGCGGCAGCCGGCUGCACGUGGGGCAGCUGCUCUUCACCGACGGGGAGAAGGACCCCUGGCGCGCCGGGACCCCCAAGGCCUCCCGGAUCCCCAGCGGCGUGGACAUCGUCCAGCACCUCAUCCCCGCGGCGGCCCACCACGAGGACCUCCGCUUCGACGCCUCGCCGCCGCGGGCCGCGGUGCUCGAGGCGAAGCGCCUGGCGCGGCGCCUGGUGGCGCGGUGGGCCGCGGACUUCCGGCGCGGCGGCGGAAGCGGCGCCGGCGGCGGCUGGGUGGUCUGA